GACGUCGGUGUGCGGUUAGGUAGUUAUCCAAUUGACGGUGCCCCCGUCUGACAUAGUUCAGUCGACGUCGAGCUCAGGAUGAUCCGAGCGCGUCUCCGGCAGCAGUGACGACGACGGUCCUCCCUGUCCGACAUCCUCGAGCUCAGAACCGGAGUCCUCCAAGCUCGAUCUCGCUGACAUCGGAUUCGGGGAUCCGGCGGGCGCGGAAGAUCGGGCGCGGGCCGCACGAUUCGGGUCGUGAUGACGGUGCCGGGCACCGUCAAGGUCAAACGAGGCCGCGUUUCGGGACCGGCUCGCUGGUUCCAGCGGGAACGAAGUCAAGGUUGACCGUUGUCUAGUGAACUGGUUCCGUUUUGCUGGCCGACCGCGCGCCGCAGAGCCCGAGGUGCCGCCGAAGGGACUGUUCGCGAGGGCCCAGAGGCUCGGUGACGGCCUCCGCCGUAGGGAGAUAUGCGAGAGGGGACAUCGGUGUAAUAUGGCAGCCGAUCUGUACGCGAAUGGAGCCCUGAAGUCAACGUCCGCCAGAAUUGCGGGCAGCAUGAGGCAGCGCAAGACCGGGACGCUAGGCGCCGCGGCGCCUAUAUCUACGGAAGAGGAGCGGCUCAAGUUCCAAGACAACAGGUUCUUGACGACUUUGGUGCUCGGCAGAAAUAGGAAGAUAUCGCCGGACGUGUUGCCGUCCUGUUCGCCGGGUAUUUUCCGGCAGCGUUCGUUCCGCGCGGCGACACCGCCGCGUCGGAGCGGCGGCACAACGUCGGCGGCGACCGCUGCUACAACGACCACCAGCAGCGCCGGCGGCACGGUCCUGACGACAACGUCGAACAACCACGAGCGCGCAGGCGCCAACACGAACGGUCCACGUGAGCCGAAAACGCCGAAUAAUAGCGGCCGCCCGAAGAGCGGCGUGUUACUGCUAGCGCGGGGCGCCCGGGGUGCCAGCAAGCACGCGCGCCUUGGCACGGCACUGGCGAACAAAAUGGCGUCCUCGAGCUCCACCACGGUCGUGCAGGGCUGGCCGAAUACCAAGGACGACUACGAGCUCAAAGAGGUUAUUGGAGUGGGAGCGACCGCAGUGGUGCACGCAGCAUUCUGCAUUCCACGGCAGGAAAAAUGUGCGAUAAAGAGAAUAAACCUGGAGAAAUGGAACACGAGCAUGGACGAGCUGCUGAAAGAAAUUCAGGCGAUGUCGUCCUGCAACCACGAGAACGUGGUCACGUAUUACACAUCGUUCGUGGUGAAAGAGGAACUAUGGCUGGUCCUCAGGUUGCUAGAGGGUGGAUCCCUUUUGGACAUAAUCAAGCACAAGACGAGAACGACAAACUGCAAAAACGGCGUGUUCGACGAAGCAACGAUAGCCACGGUAUUACGGGAGGUGCUCAAAGGCCUGGAAUACUUUCACAGUAACGGGCAGAUACACAGGGACAUAAAAGCCGGUAAUAUCCUACUAGGAGAAGAUGGCACGGUACAGAUAGCUGAUUUUGGGGUCAGUGCUUGGCUUGCGACAGGUCGUGAUCUGAGUAGACAGAAAGUCAGACAUACGUUUGUAGGGACACCGUGCUGGAUGGCACCAGAGGUCAUGGAGCAGGUGAGAGAGGACCAUGGCUAUGAUUUUAAAGCAGACAUCUGGUCACUCGGCAUCACGGCCAUCGAGAUGGCCAGUGGCACAGCCCCGUACCACAAGUACCCGCCGAUGAAGGUGCUGAUGUUGACGCUGCAGAACGAUCCGCCGACGCUGGACACCGCGGCGGACGACAAGGAUCAAUACAAAGCCUACGGCAAGACAUUCCGGAAGAUGAUCGUAGAUUGCCUGCAGAAGGACCCGACCAAGAGACCGACGGCGACCGAGCUGCUGAAGCAUCCGUUCUUCAAGAAAGCGAAGGACAAGAAGUAUCUACAGCAGACCUUGGUAGCGAUAGGACCCAGCCUGGAGACUCGGGUGCAGAAAGCAUCCAAGAGGCAGCCUGGUACUUCCGGUCGCCUGCACAGAACGGUCACAGGGGAGUGGGUGUGGUCCUCCGAAGAGGAAGAGAGCGGAGCGUCGAGCGGAGACGAAGGCAAGGAGGCUCUGCCGGUGAACACCAUAGACAACCCGAGCAGCGACGAGGAGCCAGAAGAGGAGGAGUAUGGAAUCGUGAAGCUGGCGCCCAGUCAGCUGGUCAUCCAACACACCGAGCAGAACGUUCCCAUAAACUUGGUGCUGAGAUUACGAAACCAGAAACGGGAACUCAACGACAUUAGAUUCGAAUUCGCCGUUGGCGUGGACUCCGCUGAAGGGAUCGCGGCGGAGUUGGUUGGGGCAGGCUUGGUGGACGGCAAGGACAUUGUCGUCAUAGCAGCUAAUCUCCAGAAACUUAUAGACAGCGCCGGCCAGUUGCGGACAGUUACAUUUUCGCUGAAUUCUGGUUACGCGGCCAACGAAGUGCCCGACGACAAGGCAUUAAUAGGAUUUGCUCAGAUCUCGAUCACCGACUAGGCGACGCGCCCGGACACGCGUUCCGUGGCUACCGUUCUUUCAACCGGCGUUCAGAGAAUGGGAAGUAUCGAAAGUUCUUCGGGUUCGGCACGAAGACCGGGAACAAGACGGGGACAGCUCAUGGGAGAUUGAGGAAUUCGCAAGCGCACCCUCUACGCCGCACCACUUUUCACAGCUUUUGCUACUUUCACUUCUUCCUACGAGUUGCAAUGACAACAUUCGGUGCAGGGUACACAACACAGGAGACGGUAGCUUUGCAAAGUGGUACUCGGAACGUGGCCGGACCGUUCUUUCAGGAGGCACACGAAUAUAUAUUGACAACGAGGAAACGUUUGAGGACAGCCCUAUUGCUACCGGGACAUCCGAAGGGAUAAAAAACAGAUAGGCCACUAUUUUUAAUAGGAAUGUGAUUUCAAGUGACGAUCGGGAAUGUUGACUUUCGGGGUUA